AUGGGCAAGAGGAAGCGCAACACUCAAGCGCCUGUCGCGCCGCAGAAGCAACAGAAGGCCACGGACCUGCCAACACCCAACGACAGCGACGAUGCGCCAAUUGAGCAUGUCUCCCACAUCAGCGCCGUCACAUCGACCGAAGAACUGGAAUUGACCGUCGACACUUUGAAGACUCUCUCGCAAUACCCGAACCUCAUCAAGUCGAAAGCAUGCAAGGACUUGAGAGCAGCAGUCUUCGACUUCCGACAGGCCUGCAACACCGGUGUCAACUCGGCCGCCGAAGGAACAAACCUCACCGCACGCAUCUCUGGCGCCUUGACUGACGCCAAAUACACCGAUGCUCUCAUCCUCCUCUCUGAAAUGCGCAUUCGCGGCGAGACACCCAAGCUUGGUGCUCUCUGUCGAUGGGUCCGCGAUCUGGAUGUCGUCAGUGGGCUGGCCAUGCAGCCCGAAGGAGUGAGUAAGGUUGCCGUACCUCGCUCAGCAAAAGACAAGGUGUUGCUGCGUGUGCUGGAUGCCGUUCUCAGAGUCACUGGUCCAACCGACACAAAUACGAAAGAUGCCCUCGACUCGGCCGACCCGAUUGCGCUGCAGCAAGUUUGGAACCUUAGAGACAAGACACCUCAGCAGACACGCCAGAGCGUCCUGGACAAGUCCAUCUUCUCCGACUGCCCACAAAACCUCCGCGAACGCUUCCGCAUCAUCGAGACAACGACAGGCCCGAACCGCAAACCGCCAAACCUCCACCCUGCCGUCCUGUACGCUUCCCAAGACGACGCCAUUCUCCUCGGCGAUGCACCCGAAACCACCGUCUUCAAACAUCCCGUCGUCCCCAACCUCCGUCUUAUAAAAGACGUCCUCACCCCCACCGAAUGCACCAGUAUCAUCGCCGCCGCCGAGACAAUCGAGUUCAUUCCCGACGCACCCAUCCGCGACGACGGCCAAGAAACAAGCAUCCUCGCCCACAACUUCUACUGGAUCGCCGACCAAGCCUUCCACGACAAACUCUGGGAACGCGUACGCCCUUACGUCCCCGAAGAAUCACAAGGCAGAAAGGUCCGCGGUAUCAACAGACGAUUCAGAGUUUACCGCUAUGUCCCAGGAGCCGAAUAUCGCUGCCACAUCGACGGCGCGUGGCCUCCUUCAGGCAUCGAUGCAGCAACCGAUAAAUACCAAUACGACUCUUCCCCCGCGGACGCCCGUCAAUCUUCUCUGUACACUUUCCUCAUUUACCUGAAUGAUGAAUUCGAAGGUGGAGAGACUUCAUUCUUCAUUCCUAGUGUUAGGGAGGGCGUUAUGAAUGCUUAUCCUGUCAAACCUAUCAUGGGCAGUGUGGCUGUUUUCCCUCAUGGUGAGGUUGCUGGUGCGCUGUUGCAUGAAGGCACUGGUGUGACUAAGGGCGCGAAAUAUAUCAUCAGGACUGAUGUCGAGUAUGAUGUUAACCCUUCUACAAAUUGAGUGCACUUAUGGGGUAACGGGAAAUGGCGUUGGUAGGUGUGGGAAAAGGUGUCUGGGAAUGACCAAAUUGGGGGGUUUGUAUAUAAGAUAAAUUGAAUGCUUUAUAUAUGCCUUAUGAUUGUACUUGCACCU